AUGUGCGGAACCAAGCAGUUCGUCGACCAGUGCAGGACCUGCUACGGCGUCAUCUCCAUAGAGGAGAGACCGACCAAAUGCGACAAGAGGACGUGGGUGUACCCCCACUUCUUUGAGCGCAGAGUCCCCUACUGCCCAGAUGAAGGAAAAGUCUACGUCUGCGUGCGGAAAAACAUAAACCAAUGCCAAUAUUGCUACUGGAAAUCUCUCGAGAUCACACGGGGACUGGACAUGCCCUGCCACGAACAGCGCCCAGAGCGCAGCGGCGAGCCGCCCAGCAGCAGCAGCCUGGGUUCUCGCUCACUGACACAUGGCUUAGGCCGGCCCCGGUCGAUGAGCGCCUACCAGAGCGUCCACAGCAUAGAGGCCGAGAAAGAGUCGCAGGGAAUAGCCGGGUCCGUGAAGAACUUCCUUGGUAAGUGUCUUUCAAAGAUUUUUAAAGGAGCCCGCCGAACCUCGGGCUCUUGGCCGAAUCUCGACGAGUGGGAGGACGUUUGUGGUGAAGAGGACAGUAAGAAAGAGACCAACAACAACAGCAACAAGGCUGCGUCAGUACCAACAACGACGAGUUUUGAAGCGCGCCAGGCAUUCAAGUGA